CGUCUGAUUUUUGUCUCCCUCCUCCUUCCCGUCCUCCGCCAGGACCGAACCGCUCUAAGCUUCAGGACAUGUUGGCGAACCUUCGGGACGCGGAGGACCAUCCCUCCAUGCAGCCUCCCGUCACCCCCCCCUCCCGCCCCACUGUUCCCAGACUCAACGAACAGGAAGUGGGACGCUCUGAAGAUGAAGCGAUGACUUUCCUGCCGUCUCCUGGGAAGUCCUUCAUAAUGGGCCGAGUGGACGAGGCGGUCUCCAACGAGCUGGGACUGGGAAAACUGGCCGGACUGACGGUGGCCAACGAGGCCGACAGCCUGGCGUACGACGUGAGUACAGAGUAAAACAGUUUGCAGUGGAUAAGAGACAGAAAAGUGAGGCCACAUUUGUGAGGAAGGAGCUGCUUGGCUUUGGCAGAGG